UUAUAACUCCUGCCAAAAUGCCAAGAGAUAACAAAAGAGUGAUGAAACGAAAAAUCAGAAAAAAUCAGAGUAAACGAAGGAUGAAGAGAAAUCCUAGAGGCGAUCGCAUGAGUCGACCUAAGAAUGGACCAUCAGAUUCUUUCAACAUUGGGGCAUCCAAUACUAGUGAAGUGGCAACACUGUCAGGUGAAGAGGUUCCUCUGAACAAGAGUGCUCCUGAAGAAGAAAUACACAAAGUCAUAGGUUCUGAUGAUAUUCAACAGGAUGUGCUCCAUUGUUGUUCUGCCUCAAUGUCAACUCAAAAACAGUCCAACACUCAAACAGUCGAGACCUGCAUCAAGGCAGAGUUGCAACCCGAGAAAGAAAAUUAAAAAUAAGUUGAAAUAAUUUGAGUUUUAAUUUGUUUGCUUGUAUUUUCUAUGACAUUAUCUUAUUAAUAGACUACUGUUUAAAAUAGUAGUACAUCUUCUACGUUUCUGUGUGAAUUCUUUAGUUAGUAAGUAUGAUUUUUCUUCCAGUACCACCUCUUGAUAUAUCAUUAUAACGUAAGUGCUUGUUAUUGAAAUAUGAAAAUUCAUUUUAUAACCUUAACAAAAAAAGAGUAAAGAAAACGUUAUAUCACAUUUUCUGAAUAUGUAUCAGUUCAUUUAACACUAUUUCAACACUGUUUUUUACUUCUAUUACAUUGGUUUUAGUACAGGUCUCGUCAUUAUUGAAGCUGUUAAUAAUAGAUCUACUGUAAUGUUAUAAAGGAAAAUUUUAUUUUCUUAUUGUUAAAAUUAUAAAAUAAAUUAAUUAAUCACAAACCACCAUUUUACAUCAUGUUAACCAUACAAGAAACAAUAAUAUUUUAUUUUCUAACAAUAUCCUCUUAGCAUGUUUAAGCCAAAAUAUGAUUUUCAAAGUCAUUUUGCAGCAGCAUUUAAUCAACUAAAUUCCUUUAUCUCAUCUUAUUAAAAGAAUAGUAUAAAUUUUGCCUAAUACAGACAAUAUACUGUACCAUAAUUACCCAUAUAUACAAACUAGGUAGCCUCAAAGGGAGGCUUUUGACAACAAGAAUAAAUAUUUACUUCAGUAGUUAAAUUAAUUGAAAAGUACAAACUAAUUGCAACGAAUUGUGUUUUAAGUGUUUCACAACAUUCACAUUAAAUGGCACACAUGUACCCAGCGUACACAUAUAUUUAUGCUCUGAAUGCAAAGUUAACCAAAUUAAUUUACAGUGUAGGGGGAAUGAUUUACUACUAAGUCACUAGUUCUACAAUAUCUGAAACUGCUUUUAAGCUGUUUGAUGUACUUGUAAGAAGACCAUCUGGUGUGUUGCUGUUUCUAAGUAACUGUGCCUUCCUUAUACAUCAAUCUGUUAGUAUUGGCACUAGAAUUUCGAAUGUAAUCUGCAAUUGUUGGUGAACAUCGUGAACAGUAUUGGGCCCAAAACAGAUCCCUGAGGCACAUUUAGUACUGGUAGUGGUUAGAGAAUGGCAAAAUAUGGUUAUUCCACUGGUAGUGGUUAGAGAAUGGCAAAAUAUGUUUAUUCCAUUGGUAGUGGUUUACAAUGGCAAAAUAUGGUUAUUCCAUUGGUAGUGUAAAUGAUGUCACUUAGAUUGUCCAGUAAGGUAACUUGCAAAACAUUUAUUUGCUAAGCCAUUCAUCCCAACAUGUUCAUGUCAUUUUACAAUCAGCUCAUGACCAAGGCAAAAUAACACAUUGCUGAAACCUAGAAAGAGGUCAGAAAUAAAUUGCUAUUCAUGUAUUUGGUCUAUGGUAUACUUAACAAGGCUAAUAAUUGUCGAUUUGCCUUUACUCUUUUGGUGCUAAGUAUCUUUUGAUAUUGCAUUUGUAAAGUGAUAGGGUUUCGUGGCAGAUUGUAUCCCAAAAGUGCUAAGCUAAACGGACAGUUUUGUAGAGGUUUACUUGAACAUUCAUAUCAACAUAAAGUAGCAAGGUAUUGACCUAGUAUUUAUAUUUUAAGCAAACAAUGUAAUCUACCAAAUAAAAAGAUAAAUGUUAAUAUAAAUCCAAAAACAAAUAUUUAAUAAAAUAAACUUAUA